AUGUCAUUUUCACUCCUUGUCAUAACCACCCUUCAAACCUAUUGGACACAUGUACUUGUGUCACUGGCUGUCGCAAAGCUUUUACACAACAGAUUCGGCAAAGGCAUAUCUCAUAUUCCCGGUCCUUUCUUAGCCUCAUUCAGCGACCUUUGGUUAUUCAUCCAUUAUUACCGGCGGCAAGGACUCACAGAAAGGGACCUGCACAACAAAUACGGUUCGCCUCUAAUUCGGUUAGGGCCAAACACCGUUUCCGUGGGGGAUCCCGUAGCACUUAAAGUCGUAUACGGAUGGAAACCGAUCCUACGGAAGAGUCGUCUGUAUAUCUCUCAAUACGUAACAGCAAAAGAUGGAACAGUACUUGACAAUGUUUCUUCGACCCGCGACGAAAAGAAACACAGCGUCCUCCGAAGGGCAGUCGCAAAUGCCUAUUCCCUUGGGACGCUGGUUGAAUAUGAAUCACUUGUGGACUCUACGACACGCUGCUUCUUUGAGCAGCUCGAAUCUCGUUUCGUGAAGACUGGGGAAGUGUGCCCUCUCUCCCGGUGGGUCCAGAUGUACGCUUUUGAUAUAAUCGGCGAGCUUACAUUCAGCAAACGGUUUGGAUUUCUUGAGGGCGGUAAGGAUAUUGAUAAUAUGAUAUACCAUACUGGGAAAGCCAUGGAUUACAUCGGAAUCAUGGGACAGUUGCCAUUCCUGGAUGAAUAUGUAAGACUGAAGGGAUUCGGCCACAUCCUCCGAAAGAUCCGUCCAACGGGACCUCUUAUGAAAUUCACGUCAAAGCAAAUAGACAGCCAUAUUGCCACUCAUAACUCCACAAGACCCGACUUCUUGACGAAAUUUCUCAAAGUCCGUGCCAAAGACCCUCAACUUAUGACAGACCAACGGCUUGCAACAUACGCAAAUACUAAUGUCAGUGCGGGAUCUGAUACUACCGCGAUUUCUCUCAGGGAAGUCAUAUUCAGGAUUUUAACACAUCAGGGAUGCUUGGAGAAGAUCCUGACUGAGAUUCGUAUCCUUAUUCAGAAACGCAGCUCAACUGGCGCAAAUGAAGAGGAACUGAUGAACCCAAUAACUUGGUCAGAAAGCCAGUCCAUGUCAUACUUUCAAGCUGUGGUCAAGGAAUCUCUCCGAAUUCACCCCGGUCUAGGACAACUCAUUCCACGUGAUGUGCCUCAAGGGGGCAUGGUGGUUUGUGGACAGUAUCUGCCGGGAGGGACUGUAGUUGGCUGCAAUGCAUGGACAGUACAUCGUGAUCGAAGCAUUUUCGGCCACAAUGCGGACGAUUUCGUGCCUGAACGUUGGCUAGAGUGUGAUCAGGAGAAGUCUCGGGUUAUGGAGAAUGCUAUUUUUACCUUUGGCGCGGGCUCGCGCGUUUGCCUUGGGAAAAACAUCGCCUUGCUUGAGAUAUCAAAGCUCGUCCCCGAAUUUCUGCGACGGUUUGAGGUCACUCUGGUUGACCCUAGUAAGUAUACUUUGCGACCUGGUUGGCUAGUACUACAGGAAGGGCUGGAUGUGAAGUUGGAAGUUCGGGAUCAACGAGUAUUUUUGUGA